GGCGUUCCCAACUAUUUGUUCCAAACACGAAUCCGGAGUGCGAGGCUCUUUUUCGCAGGUCUUAGGUUCCGUCUUGAGUAUGAGUACAGCAUGAGGAGGCGUUUAGAGGAUCAGGAGCCAGUGUUCACCCCACAACAGCGCCGGCUUCCUGGCAGCGCCGAGGGCUUCCAGCACAGGGUUCUUGCCCCAGCGCCUGCCGUAUUCGAGGCUGUGGCUGACAGCAUGCAGCCUACUCCCGGAAUACAGUUCCCGGUUCCCCAGGCAUACCAGGUGUCCACAGUGGCCCAAAGCUCAAGUGGUCACGGUCACACACCCAGUCCGGCGGUGGCCCACAGUGGUGCUCACCAUCAUGGUCCGGCAGCGGUCCAGGCCCACGGUCCUGCGCCGGUGCAGGGCCACAGUCACCCGCCCACCCCCUCCGCAUCUGCACAGGGGCAACAGCAGUUCCAGAGACUCAAGGUGGAGGACGCCCUGUCUUACCUGGACCAGGUGAAGCUACAGUUUGGCAAUCAACCACACGUCUACAAUGAUUUCUUGGAUAUCAUGAAAGAGUUUAAAUCUCAGUGUAUUGACACCCCGGGUGUAAUCAGCAGGGUGUCGCAGCUCUUUAAGGGUCACCCUGAUCUCAUUAUGGGGUUUAACACGUUUCUUCCACCGGGAUACAAGAUUGAAGUUCAGACCAAUGACCUGGUUAAUGUGACUACACCCGGUCAGAUCCACCACAUAACACCUCACGGCAUCUCCGUGCAGAACAUCCCCACCAGACCACCGCCGCCGCCGCCACAGCUCCAGAACCAGAUCCCCACAAACCCUCCCAGCCUGGCAUCCACACCUCCCGUCCAACCCACACCGAAAAGCAAGCCACUGCAGUCUCCAGCUCUGACUCCGAGCAGUCAUCCCAAUCCGUCCAUCCCUCCGUAUGCUUCCCCACGUUCGCCCCCACUGCAGCCCCACACCCCCGUCAACAGCAUGCCCACCACCCCGCCGCUGCAGAACAACCAGCCCGUGGAGUUCAACCACGCCAUCAGCUACGUCAACAAGAUUAAGAACCGCUUCCAGGGCCAGCCUAACAUCUACAAAUCCUUCCUCGAGAUCCUGCACAAGUACCAGAAGGAGCAGCGUAAUGCUAAAGAAGCGGGCGGGAGUUACACCCCAGCCCUGACCGAGCAGGAAGUUUACGCUGAGGUGGCCCAACUCUUCAAAAACCAGGAAGAUCUGCUCUCUGAGUUUGGACAGUUCCUGCCGGACGCCAACAGCUCUGUGCUGCUGAGCAAGACGACAGCAGAGAAGGCCGAAUCUGUGCGUAACGAUCACGGUGGAACGGCCAAGAAACCACAGCUCAAUAACAAGCAGAGGCCCAAUCAGAACGGCUGCCAGAUACGCAAGCACUCGACUACAGCCGUCACCCCACCUGUGAAGAAAAAGCUCAAGUUAAUGAAUAUCAAAGAUUCAUCCGUGGCAGAAUCUGGCAAACAUGGUGGAGGAACAGAGUCUCUUUUCUUUGACAAAGUGCGGAAAGCUUUACGAAGUGCUGAUGCAUAUGACAACUUUCUCCAGUGCCUGAUCAUUUUUAACGAAGAGAUCAUUUCUCGUGCUGAGCUGGUUCAACUUGUGGUUCCAUUCUUGGGCAAAUUUCCUGAGCUGUUCACUUGGUUUAAGAACUUCCUUGGAUAUAAGGAGAUGUCACACCUGGAGAGGUACCCAAAAGAAAGAGCCACUGAAGGAAUUGCCAUGGAAAUUGACUACGCUUCAUGCAAGCGUCUGGGCUCUAGUUAUCGAGCUUUACCCAAGAGCUACCAGCUUCCCAAAUGCACAGGAAGAACAUCACUCUGUAAAGAGGUGCUGAAUGAUACCUGGGUUUCCUUCCCCUCCUGGUCUGAGGACUCGACCUUCGUCAGCUCUAAGAAGACUCCGUAUGAAGAGCACAUGUACAGGUGUGAGGACGAGCGAUUCGAGCUGGAUGUCGUCUUGGAAACCAACCUGGCCACCAUUCGUGUGCUGGAGGCGGUUCAGAAGAAGCUGUCUCGGAUGUCUGCGGAAGAGCAGGUGAAAUUCCGACUGGACAACACUCUGGGCGGCUGCUCGGAGAUCAUCCACAGGAAAGCCAUCCAGAGGAUAUAUGGAGACAAAGCUCUGGACAUCAUCGACGGACUGAAGAAGAAUCCGGCAGUGUCUGUUCCCAUUGUACUCAAGAGGCUAAAGCUGAAGGAGGAAGAGUGGCGUGAAGCUCAAAGGGGUUUUAACAAGAUCUGGAGAGAGCAGAAUGAGAAAUACUACCUAAAAUCUCUGGACCAUCAAGGCAUUAACUUCAAACAGAACGACACUAAGGUGCUGCGCUCGAAAACGCUUCUCAACGACAUCGAGAGCAUCUUUGAUGAGAAUCUGCUGGAUGGGAAUAUGGAGGCGUCUCAGUACGAGGAUUCGCUCCGAGAGAUGUUCACCAUUCACGCCUAUAUCGCCUUCACCAUGGACAAGCUCAUCCAGAACAUAGUCAGACAGCUCCAGCACAUAGUGAGUGAGGAGAUCUGUGUUCAGGUCAUAGAACUGUACCUGAGUGAGAGCAGCCACUCGGCCACAGGUGGAUCUCUGCUCACACAGAGCAGCAGGGCACCGGCAGAAGUGUCUUACCAGCGCAAAGCCGAGCAGCUCAUGUCCGACGAGAACUGCUUUAAGUUGAUGUUUAUGAAGAACCGAGGGAAUGUUCAGCUCACCAUGGAGCUGCUGGACACAGAGGAGGAGAACUCAGACGGGCCAAUGGAGAUCGAGUGCUGGUCGGAUUACGUUGUGCGGUAUCUGUCGGCUGAUUUCACAUCUCCAGACCUGAGGGAGCAUCUGUCUCAAAAACCUGUGUUUCUGCCAAGGAACCUGCGGCAGAUCCGUAAGUGUCAGCAUAGCCACGAGUCUCAGGAAAAGGAGGUGAAGGACAGCGGCAGAAAAGAGAACGCAGACAGCAUGAAGAUGGAGUGCAUGUUCAAACUCAACUCCUAUAAGAUGGUGUACGUCUUCAAAUCCGAAGACUACAUGUACAGACGCACCGCGCUGCUGAGAGCCCACCAGUCUCACGAGCGAGUGAGCACACGUCUGCACCAGCGCUUUCACGCCUGGACUCAGCUCUGGGUGAAGGAGCACGUAACCAGAGACAUGGCUGCUGAAACCAGCAGGUGGCUCAUGGGAGAAGGGCGGGAGGGACUGGUGCCCUGCUCCACCACCUGUGACCCCCAGAUCCUUCACUUCCAGCGCAUUAAUAAGUACAGGGUCCAGUACGGCAGCGCCCACAAGAGCCCGUGACAUCAGCGGAAAGGGGCGGAGCUCAGCGACGACGUGAGAUUUUUUAAGUGUUUUUGUUUUCCUUUUUUUAUAAGCUGUUCCUGCAGAAACGCAGGUCGCCCAGUGCCAAAAAACACGG